AUGCAUUCAGCUUUUCUUGCGUUAACAUUUCAAAAUAUUUCUCUUCGUUUCAAACCCUUUCUUUCUUCUUAUCAUCGCUUCAAAACAUUUCUUUAUUUUUCUCUUCGUUUAAAACAUUUCUUUUUUCUCUUCGUUUCAAAACCUUUUCUUCUUUUUCUCUUCGUUUCAAAAUAUUUUUCUUUUUCUCUUCGUUUCAAAACAUUUUUCUUCUUUACUUUUUCUUUUCGUUUUAAAAGUUUCCUUCUUUUUCUCCUUGUUGCAAAACAUUUUUUCUUCUCUUCGUUUCAAAACAUUUCUUUCUUCUUCUCCCCUUUUCCUCUUCGUUUCAACACUUUUCCUUCAUUUUCCCUUUCUUUCAUAACAUUUUCUUUUUCCCCCAAAACAUUUCUUUUUCUUACUAUCAAAACAUUUCUUUCUUUUUCUUCGUCUCAAAACAUUUCUUUCUUUUUAAAACAUUUCUUUUUCCUUUUUUUCUUCAUUUUUUCUCUUCGUCUCAAAAACAUUUCUUUCUUUUUUUUUUUUCUUCAAACUUUUUCUUUCUUUUUUCUUCGUUUCAAAACAUUUCAUUUUUUUUUUCCUCUUUUUUCUUCAUUUCUUUCUUUUUCCCUUCACAUUUCAUUCUUCUUCUCUACGUUUUCUCUUCGUUUCAAAACUUUUCCUUCAUUUUCACUUUCUUUCAAAACUUUUCUUUCUUUUUCUCUUCGUCUCAAAGCAUUUCUUUCUUCGUCUUAA